AUGUUGAGACGCCCCCCCGGUACACUCUUGCACGAACCCUCGUACCCGCUGACGCUGGCGCAUGAACCGACAGCAAAUGGACCAGCCCAAACUGCAAGGGAAUAUUUCCAACCAGAUGCUGCAGUCCUCGACCCGCAACUGAGUGAGGCGGUUUCACUCGGAACAACCAUCAUGGCUGUUUCUUAUAAGGAUGGAGUCGUUCUGGCCGCUGAUUCGCGAACUUCCACGGGAGCUUAUGUGGUAAAUCGCGCGAGCAACAAGCUGACGAAGUUGGCCAAAAGGAUAUACUGCUGCCGGAGUGGGUCUGCCGCCGACACUCAGGCACUCGCCGAGCAGACAGCAAAUUAUCUAGAGAGCUAUGAGACAGAUAUUUCGCAGCCGGUGAAUGUUGCAACAGCAGCCAAUAUAUUCAAAAAGCUGUGCUAUAUGAACAAGUGGAAUAUAACCGCUGGUAUUAUUGUGGCUGGUUAUGAUCCUUUGAACGGGGGAUCUGUUUAUAGCAUUCCUACCGGUGGUGCGUGCGUGAAGCUGGACUAUGCUCUGGGGGGAAGUGGUUCUGUUUUCCUGUAUUCAUUCUUCGACGCCAAUUACAAACCGGGGAUGACGAAAGAAGAAUGCAUCCGUUUCUGUCAGCGCGCCGUCGCGCACGCGUACAGUCGAGACGGUUCCAGCGGUGGGUUAAUCAGGACUAUUGCUCUUCAUCAAGGCGAACCGGAAGAUGUAACUGUGCCGUGGACGAUGACUCCGUAUUGCAUGGAAAAGGACCCCAAAUAUGCUGAGUUGGCUGUGCAAAACCCUCCCUACAGUAGCUCUGCAAAGGUAUGCCAGAACCUAAUGACUUCUCAGUAG